AUGGGUUUUCGUUUGCCUGGAGUUAGAAGGGCUUCAUCUUCAAAAUCUGGUGAAGUGGCAAAAGGGUACCUUACAGUGUACGUUGGAGAGAAAGCUAAGAGAUUUGUGAUCCCUCUAUCAUAUUUGGACCAGCCUUCAUUUCAAGAGUUGUUAAGUCAAGCUGAGGAAGAAUUUGGGUUUACUCAUCCAAUGGGUGGCCUCACAAUUCCUUGCGAAGAAGAUGUCUUCUUGGAUAUCACUUCUAGAUUCAAAGGGUGCUGACAAUACAUGAAAAGAAAAUUUGACUGACACAGAUAGGUCAACAAUACAGUUUUGUAAAAGAUGAUUUCCCUUUCCUCUUUUCCCUUACUUGGAAAGUGAAAAAUUGUUCAUAUGAAUAAGAAAUUCAUGAAUUCUUUUUUUUUGGUUA